CUGCAUCAGUGGCAUGGGAUCAGGCCCCAAGCAGAGAUUGGGGCCCUCCGCAGAACUCCUCUUUGGCUCCUCUUUGUUCCCAUACAUGUGUGUGCUCCAGGGAAAGAGCAUGACCCCUAGUGGGGAGCUGUCAGGAAAUGGAGGGUUCUGUUUUUAGGCAAAAAUGAAGACUUUUAGAAACAAUGGCGAUUUGAAAAAUCACUUUAGUGAUAACACUGUUGCCUGCACCCUGUACAGGGCUUUGAGACCCUGUUCAUCAUGACAUUUCUGGUGGGGUGUGGAGAAUUAAUUUUGCGGGUGACUGUACUUAAACCACCAACUUAUCUAAAGUUAUAAAAUGUUUGAUGAUCUCUAAAUGGGUGACAGGUCCAAUUGGGCCUUCAGUGAUGGGGCUGCAAUCGCAGCGAAUUCACUGGCUAUGUCUGUAAUGUAGAUGUUUUCAGUCCUUUUUCUAUUUUAUCCAUUUGUUGUUAUUAGUUACUGAAAUCUUCAAAGCACUUUGGAAGGGCACAGCUCAGACUGGAUUCAAUGGGAGAAGGGCUGGGGGCUCUUGAUAAUUACGAAUAUUGUAGAGCUGGGCCCAGUAACCUAAUAGUUAUUUCAUGUAUGGGAGCAGGAGCAGGCCCAAACCUGCACCUCAUGUCCUUUAGAUCCACAGUAGCUGUGUCGUUCUCAGUGAAUCUUCGCUGAUUAGGAAAAGGGGAAGCUGGUGCUGAGUCCAGCAGGAUGAGGGGAAGUUAGACCAAGGAGGAGGAAAUUCUCAUAAGACCCUCAGGACACAUGUCUCACCCUAGAGCUGAUGUGCUGCGUUCAUCCAGAAUGGGUCAGAUCCUACUUCCACUGCAGUGAAGGGCAGUUGCCAUUGACUUCAAUCGGAGCAGAAUUGGGCCCUCCCUUGGCCAGUCCUCACAACCGAGCAGUAGCAUUGCAGAGGCUAUCAUGAAAAGAGACAAGUGCCAUGGCGAUGGGGAGACAGACUGCAGGGCAGAGCUGGUCUUUGUCAACGGAGGCUGCAGUGACCCUGCUGAAGAUGAAGCUUCUCCCCCAGCUCUGGAAGCAAAUGGGAGGCCCAGUACACAAGAUGCUGUGGACCUACGAAUAGUGUCCACUAGGAGCAAGAAGAUCGGCAAGGAAGACGUCUCCAAGGAAGACCUAUCUUGGCCCAUGAAGCUCAGCAAGGCUCCGGAGGUGCGAACGCGCGGUGCUGCCGGCUGGGAGAGCAGUCUGAGGCAGAAGCCUCCAGCUCGCAGGAUAUUCCAGGCAGGACUUAAAGAAGAGAAUGACCUGGAGAGUGACAAGGAGUCCCUGGCUCCCGUUCGGUGCUCCAAGAGGAGGACGGCUAUGUCUGUCCAGGUGGCCAUGAUUGACCUCACUGAGGAGGAUUCCAAGGAUUCCUCCCAGAGCAGCAGCACCACAUCUGCCAGCAGCACCCAGGAGGUCCAGAACGGAUCCCCCGAGCUCGUCGCUGGGGAGCAGGAGAGCAGAGUUGCGGGGGAAGUGGUGGAAUACCAGGAUGGGAAAGAUUUUGGAAUUGGGGAGCUCGUGUGGGGGAAGAUCAAGGGCUUCUCCUGGUGGCCUGCAAUCAUCGUCUCCUACAGAGUCACGUCCAAACGUCAGGCAAUCUCCGGAAUGCGCUGGGUGCAAUGGUUUGGAGACGGGAAGUUCUCCGAGGUUUCAGCAGACAAGCUGGUGGGUCUGAUGGCUUUUAGGCAGCAUUUCAACCACUCUACGUUUAAUAAGCUGGUCUCCUAUCGACGAGCCGUGCACCAUGCUCUGGAGGUUGCAAGGAGCCGGGCAGGGAAGACGUUCCCAGGCACCCCUGGGGAGUCUCUGGAAGAACAGCUAAAGCCCAUGAUUGACUGGGCGUUGAGUGGCUUCAAGCCCAUGGGAUGCAAGGGACUGAAACCGCCGAAAACUCCAGAGAACGGAGUGGCUCUCCUCAAGAAUGGCAUUGAAGAGGUCUGUGCCCCUGAACACUGCCCCCCGGCCAAGCGACUAAAGACUAACUUCUGCAACAACAGCAAGGAGCGGGUGGAGGAGGACCAGAGCAGAGAGCAAAUGGUUUCCGAAGUCACAAACAACAACAGGAGCCUUGAAGACAGUUGUUUAUCGUGCGGGAGAAAAAACCCAGCCACAUUCCACCCGCUGUUUGAGGGGGGCCUUUGCCAGACUUGCAGGGUAAGUCACUACAAGUCCCAGGUGAAAGCACUAUGCUCUGGGCCUGACUGUGGUGCGGCGCUCAGCAGACCUGCCUGCCUCAUACCUCAGCAGAUGGGAGAGAUGAGAGAAUUGGGCUCCAUGGUAGUGUCCUGUCCUGGGGAGACUUACAAGCAUAAUCUUGGAGGUGGAAGGUGGCUCAGUGGAGGAGCCUCUGGAACUCAGUUACCGUUUUCUCCUGAUUUGCGCAGGUGCUUCUGUGUCGAAUGCUUGGAGGUCCUGGUAGGGCAAGGUACCUCGGCCAAGGCAAAAGAGCAAGAGCCCUGGAGCUGUUACAUGUGUCAACCACAGAAGUGCUAUGGGGUGUUACAGCGCCGACCGGACUGGAAUGUACGGCUGCAAGACUUCUUCACCAGCGACAAAGGACAGGAAUAUGAUGCACCUAAAAUCUACCCGGCAGUGCCUGCAACAGAAAGGAGGCCAAUCAGAGUGCUGUCCCUAUUUGAUGGCAUAGCAACAGGUUACCUGGUUCUGAAGGACCUAGGCAUUAAAGUGGAGAAAUACAUCGCCUCUGAGAUUUGCGAAGAUUCCAUUGCUGUGGGAACUGUCCGGCAUGAAGGGAACAUCACAUACGUGCAUGAUGUCAGGAACAUAACCAAGAGAAAUAUUGAGGAGUGGGGUCCUUUCGACUUGGUGAUUGGUGGAAGCCCCUGUAACGAUCUGUCUAUUGUGAAUCCUGCCAGAAAGGGUCUGUAUGAGGGCACUGGAAGGCUGUUCUUCGAGUUCUAUCAUCUCCUCAAUUACGCACGUCCCAAGGCGGGGGAGGAACGCCCCUUCUUCUGGAUGUUUGAGAAUGUUGUGGCCAUGAGAGUCAAUGAUAAAAGGGACAUUUCUCGAUUUUUGGAGUGCAACCCAGUUAUGAUCGACGCCAUCAAGGUAUCCGCUGCACACAGAGCGCGCUAUUUCUGGGGCAAUCUGCCUGGGAUGAACAGGCCACUGGUAGCUUCCAGGACUGAUAGAGUUGAGCUUCAGGACUGCCUGGAGUACAGUAGGAUAGCAAAGUUGAGAAAAGUGCAAACCAUAACGACUAAAUCCAACUCCCUCAGGCAGGGGAAAAGCAUGCAGCUCCCAGUGCUCAUGAAUGGGAAAGAAGACAAUUUGUGGUGCACUGAGUUAGAAAGGAUUUUUGGCUUCCCCCUUCACUACACGGAUGUGUCCAACAUGGGGCGUGGAGCUCGUCAGAAGCUACUCGGGAGAUCGUGGAGUGUCCCGGUCAUUCGGCACCUCUUCGCCCCGCUCAAGGAUUAUUUUGCCUGUGAAUAGCAGGGAUUCCCUUGUCUCUUCUGGUAAAGAUGCACUAGCUCCACUGCCUGUGUGGGAGAGGGAAGGAAGAGAACGGCCCACAAGCUCCAUUACUUGGUAGGAAAUGGUCCCCCGAGCCACACGCUUUGGGAAGGAAGUGUGGCCCUGCAGGGAGAGCGUAGGAAACUUUCUUUAACCAAAGAACCUGUUAGGGUGACUUUUUCAAAGGGACAGAAGACAACGCUCUUUAGAAAAUACCGAACACAGAAGCUAGCUUACCCCACCCAGGAGAGCGUAGGUAUGGUGGAAGAGACCGCUAUGUCUCACACAGAGCAUUAACCAUUCCAUUUUACUGUACAAUUGAAAAGUAGCGAUUCAGAGGCUGGGUGGUGAAAGCCGCUGGCUGGCGGGCUGCAACCAUACUUGAAAUAGGUAGAAACAAGGCUUUUGUGGGGAAAAAAACCAGCCUCUCAAAACAGUUGCUAAGAAAUCAGAACUGUAGCCACAGGUAUAAAGAACCCUGUCAGGUUACAUACACUGAACAAACAAGCGGGAUACAAGAACCAAAUAGCUUUUUACAUUUUUUUUAUUUGUUAAAGUUGAAUUUUGUUUUUAAACUUUUGUUGCUGCUUUAAGGCAUUACAUGAGAAUGUGGAAAUUCCUAGACCUGAAUGUAGCUGAAACUGAACUGUGAGGUGAUAGAAUUACUGUUCUAGUUAGAGCUAAAGAAAUGUUGUUGUUUGUGUCUGGCUGUAGUUUUACCAAUAUUCACUCCUUCCUUUUUAAAAUAUUCUUUUAAUUUUUACAUUAAGAACAGCUGAAUAGCUAGAAAGGUAAAACAUUCGUCAGUUUCUGGAGAGUCUGGGCUCCACAGCAAAAAGGAAAAUGUUCUCUUAACGUUUUGCAAACGAAUGUGCUGAAAUGGGCAGGAAGGGGCAGCACUCAUGUUCAAUGCUGAUUUUUUUUUUAAACCUCAAAACUUUAUUUUUAUUAACAGUUUUAUAAACCUGAACAGUGUUGCCAACACAGUGUUGUCCAAUCCUGAUCCCACUAAGACACCGGGGUGAAAUCCUGGCCCUGUUGAAGUCCAUGGCAAGACUCCCAUUGACGUCAGUGCAGCCAAGAUUUCACCUAGGAAUUUUGCUCUGGGCUUUGGCCUGAUUCUUCUCCCGGGUUAGUCAGUGGUGCUUUCGCUACUGACUACAGUGGGGCUGGAGCAGGCCCGUGUUAACGGAAAAGGGAACCCUCCUGCCAUGGAGUAAACUCUCAACACCCCCCACCCUCCCUCGGGAGAGUCCGUUUUUAUUAUAAGGUGAAUCAGACAGAUUCCCACUGUUCUUCUCUCAUCUGCCAUCCCUGCACAUACAGCUAAUGUCUGUUAAGAAGCAUAGAGGGACAUAUUUUUACUCUGAGCUUUGCCCGCCCACGGGCACCAGUUGUGUGCAUGGCCCCGGCCUUGGCAGGUGCAAUCACCUGCCCAUUGUGAAGUGGAUGAUGCCCUUUGCUGAGUUGGGUUUGACCUGGGUUGAAAAUCUGGCUUCAGGCUGAACAACCAACUAUGGAUCUAGUGCCACUGGACCCUUCCUGUCUAAUCCACUGCCAUGCUCUGAGAAAGGGACGUCCCAGUCAGGUCUGGCCAUCGCGCUGGUGGCUAGGGCAGACCUGCUGCCCCAGUGCCUUGCUGAGGGCCUCACCUUACUUCCUGCCUUUACUGGAAAAAACAAACAUUUGCAAUGUUGAAAGAAACUCCCAAGACUGACUAGCGCUUACUGGAUCCUGAAUUGGAUAAAGCCUGGACCCAGAGAUUUCAGCUCUCAAAUACAGUAAUCAUGGGCCGGGCAAGCUAGUGUGUAGGGCUCUCAUGCAUAUCGUACAUACACCAUGAUGAACAGUCUCUCUGACAGAUCUACUAAUGACUCAGGGAAGUCACUUUAUAGGGAAGUCAGACUUUUUCCCCACAGAGCUUCCCCUAAAAGUGGCACCCUCCUGUGCAUAUUGCCAUGCUUUGAAACAAUCCAGGACUUCAGCUCCUCCGUCCUCUCCUAGCUCUGUUCUUCACUCAAACCAGUGGCCCCAGUGAAGUGACGCACUUUUUAUGCUCAUGCUUGACAGAACACAUGUGCUUCUAGAAGUGCUUUGCUGAAUUGCAGGAAGUGUUGCUUUAUCUGAUUUGACUGAAAGCAAAUGCCAUUGCAUCUAAGAAAAGGCUCAAGCAAGAGGCAGACCAAUGGACUCUGGCUAGGCGUUGCAAAGGCUUCCACUUCUAAAUGAAGAGACGCCUCUGUCUCCUGUGGCAAAGUAAACAGCAGCCUGGCCCCCCAGACACGCUUGCAGGCUAUGUGAAAAGCUAGGCAAACAGCAGUCUUUCUGCAGUGUGCUCAGCAGCAUUCCCAAAGGGCAGCCUCCACUUUAACAAGGAUCCAUGAGAAAUGAGAGCGUCCCUACCUCUGCUCCUUCUGCCCCUCCUUGAUAACAGGAGACCCCUGUGCAUUUCCUUGCCACGUCCUAGAAGAGGGCAUCAUCCCCAGUGGAUGAAGACCCUCGUGUUUCCCACUCCUCGCAGGGUGUAGUUUACCCUGUGUCGAGCUGUUUUUGCAGCUGCAGCCUGCCUCCUCUUGAUGCCCAGGUCGGGAGUCAGUUGGGAACUGACAGCGGGGGGAAGCAGGUCACAGCCGUGGGAGACGGGUUUUUCCACAGAGGAGAGGAGAGACUGAGUAGCGCUCUCCUCUCAGUCCUGCCCCGUUGCACUUGGAAACCCUGUCAGUUAACUGUUCCCAGGUGACAUCCACUUGAGAAUGCACUGACUUCCAAAACGCUGAAGAAAAACCAAGCAGCGCUCUCCUGUGUGCUACCUCCAAUCUUUCUAAGCAACUCAGGGACAAGAAGCAGCCUAUCAUCUCCCUUCGUCAUCUCACACCCAUAAACUAUACAGAUGUGACUCAGGAGACACAUGGGGCCAGAUUUUCAAGUGAUGUAGGUGUUCAAAAUGGUCUUCUCACCUGAGCAUGCAACUGACAAGUCUGCACACAGGAAUGCACAUGCAGCUGGCUAAUUGGGUGCCUCUGUGUGCAAAGUUGGAGGAACUCCACAUGCAUUUACAUGCCUACCUCGCCUGAAACUCUUGAACCAAAAGCUAAACCUGAACCCUAAACCUGUUCUGGAUCUGGAUUAGAACACUAAUUCCUCAUCCCAGCCCUAGUUUACUGUCAUGUGAAAGCGUUUGAUAGUCCCUGAGCUCCAAGUGGGUGGACCGCAGAACCCCCUAGAGGAGAACAGAGUUUUGCAUGUUUGCAGGAGUCUGCCUACAUGGAGCUCCUGGCAGAACUGAGACUUUAGAUUCAAGUGAGACAAGAAGAUGACAAAAUCCCCAUGUGAGUCCUCCAUUUAUUUUAGCCUUUGACCUUUUUUCAGACUGGAUUAACACACACGACCUCAACUCAGCUUUAUCUUUGAAUUCUCUACCCCAGUUUUUAUAUCCUUCCUUUCCUCAUCAAAAGAAAAAUAAAUAAAUACAAUGCAGAAGAUUUGGAAAGCAAAGAAAGAUUAGGAAAAGAGGAGUAAGAGUUGUCUUGGCAUUAAAUUUACAUGAAAAAUUGUAAUCUUCCACAAAAUACUUUUCCCUGUAAAAUCUGCCUUUUAUUACAUGUUUAUACAAAUGUUUUCAGGAGAGAGCUGCAUUUCAGGAAUGCUGUUUUAAUGAUUCUUAAAGGCCUUUUACUCUCAUUGGUGCUAUUUUUUUAGACUAAGGAUUUUAAUGUCAAAACUUUUGUGGGUGAUCUUUUAAAAUCACGACAAGCUUGUAUUUUUGUUGUGUUGCAAUAAUUCAUGUUUUCUGUAAAAUCGGCCUAGUACCAAAGUAUGAAAAAUCAAAACUGUGCCUUGUCUAAACAGUUUUACUCAUUUUCUUAUGAAAAAGAAAAAAGAUCAAUGCCCAGAGUUUACCUUAACGUUUAUCAGUUUAAUUAAAAUCAGUAUUUCUAUA